ACGUGACAUUCCUGUGAGGUUUAUACACACACAUCAGUACAGUAUUGAUCAGUACAGGUGAAAAGGUUUGGUACUGCUGCCCACUGCACACGAGGGAGGAUCACGUUUCACUGAAGACAUGAUGAGAGAGAGAGAGAGAGAGAGAGAGAGAAGACUGACAGACGGAGGGAGAGAUGGAGAGAUGGCCAGCCUUCUGUCAACUUUCCCUUACUCACACUUCCUUACUUAGAGUCUCUUCUACAUUUAUAACAUUCAUUACGGUCUUCUAUCUGGUCUUCGCCUCCUGAUGGCCCUACGAGGAAGACUCUGAGAUGUGGACGUUGGUGACAGUGUUGAUCAUCAUCUCCGUCGCUCUGCCAGGAUCAUGGUGCAGCAGAUGGGCCGUGAGCUUCUCCAGGACGGAUAUCUGCACCUGGGUAGGAACCACCAUCAUCCUGCCGUGCCGGUACGACUAUCCACUGCCCUACAGUGCCACACGGGUCAUGUGGUUCCACAUCACAGCCGAUGGAAAACGGGAUUUCGCCUACCACACGGACCCUGAGCUGGUCAGCGUGUCCUACAGGGACCGGGUCAAGUACGUGGGCGGAUACAAGAGGUGCAGUCUGCAGAUAAGUGGCAUUAAGCUGAGCGACGGAGGUCAGUAUCACUUCAGGUUCGAGACGGACGAACAGCAGGGGAGAUGGACAUCACCGGACUCCAUCAAUCUUUCAGUUACAGAGCUCCAGGUUCAGGCUCAUCCUGCACGGGUCUCCAACAUGUUUGCGUCAGGCGAGACGGUGUUUCUGACCUGCGUGGCUCGCGGCUGUGCGGCUGCAGGAAAGACGCUCGCCCUCUACAGGAACGGAGUGAACCUGGGCUACUCGGAUAAAGUUUCUCCCAUCUAUAAUUUCGACAUUCAGCACGCAGGGACUUACUACUGCAGACCGGUUCCUCCGCAGAACGUCCAGUCCUCCAGCAUCAGCCUGGCUGUGGGAUAUGCUCCACUUCACACCACUGUUCUGUUAAGUAAGUACGGUUCCCUGACUGAAGGCGACUCAGUUACUCUGACGUGCAGCAGUGAAGGAGCUCCGGCAGUGGAGAGCUUCACCUGGUUUCGAGAGGGAGAGAGCGGAAGCGUUCCUGAUAGCUUCAAGCCCGAGCUCAAGCUCUGGAGUCUGGACUACAGAGACAAUGGGGAGUACUUCUGUGUGGCCCGCAACUCCAUCGGAACCGACCGCUCCAGACCCGUUCUGGUCAACGUUACCUAUUCUCCCAAGAACACGAAGGUCCUGAUCAGCACCAAAGGUGACAUCGUGGAGGGCAACGCCGUCAACCUGACAUGCAUCAGCAAUGCAAACCCACCGGUGAGGAGAUACGCCUGGUACAAGGUCAUCGGUGGUCAACCCUGGGCCAGAGGUUCCUCCCAGAAGCUAACCUUCGCCAGCGUGCACUCACACAAUGCCGGGCAGUAUUAUUGUGCCGUGUGGAACGCUUUGGGAAUGGGAGUGUCUGAACCCGUCACUCUCUCUGUGCUCUAUGCCCCUCAGAACACUUCGGUUUUGGCUCAUCCGUCCAGCGUGAUCGAGGCAGGAGGCUCCUUGACCCUGACCUGCAGCAGCCAGGGGAACCCGGCUGUAGAGAACUACACCUGGCACCGGAUCAAUGCCGCUGACUCCUGGGAAACGCGAUCGGGUCAAACCUACACCAUCGCUGAAGUCAGCACAGGAGCCAGCGGUCAGUACUACUGCGAAGCUCGCAACCGCAUCGGCGUUCACAGCUCUCCGCUCCUCACCGUCAGGGUGCGAGGUCGUCUGAAGGUCAUCGCCCUGGCUUCUGCUGUCUGUGUUUCUGUGGCUCUCAUCACCCUGACUGUCGCCGUCAUGAUCAGUAAGAAUAUGCACAGAGUGGACAGUGAACCGCUGGAAAUAGACAAACAGCUCGGAUCUCCCAUGGAAGUGGACACAUUUUUUUACGAAUGCCCUCAACCAGCGUUUGAGCCCCGGAGCUCAAAGAUGGCCGACAUUCCAGAGGAACCAGAAGACAUUCAUGACAACAUUCAUCCUUCCAUUGUGCCUCUUAAGGAAGCUGUGGAGAAAACCGAGAAAGAUCAGAAAGAUGGAGACGAAGGGAAAGUCAAACGUGUCACUGUACAUUACUCGAGUACACAAAGCCGGGGCCAAGUGCAAGUCACCAACGUUCCACAAGAUGGCGGUGUGACGGAGUCAAAAGACAGACACAGUGUUGUUUAUUCUGUCUUCGCUAAACAGCCAUGAAACUAAAUAAUACCACAAAUCCAGUCAUCUUGACUUCCCUCAUCCACAAAAUUACCAAAGAUAAUUCACUAAAACAUAAAUAAAUCCAGUUAGAAAUUGACUGUGCAUUGUAACUAGUUCAGAUUUUGCACACUGAGCUUAGCUAUGCUACAUGUGUUCAGUUUAGGAAAAGUCUUAAACGUUCUGAAUGUCACCGGUCAAUAAAAUGAGGUCACUACAUCUGUUUACUGCCAAAACCUUUAACUUCAAAGCUGUAAAUCUAAUCCAAUCUAAUCUCUGGUCUAGAUUCUGAUUCUACAUCAAUGCCUGAGCCAAUGCUGCAGUAUCACGAGAUCAUAAAUCUCACCUAAAUGUGUUCUGAAUUCACUAAAAUCCAAAUAUCAUUGUGAAAAUGGUGUGAAACCAUUUUACAUUGUUCAGUGAUGUGAUUAGCAUCUGUAUGAAGCUCCAUGCGUUUAAGUGUAAAUGAUUUGACUUUCCUACUUUCAAUAAAAUGUUGCUGUCUUGAA